AUGCAGUGCCAGGCCCUCCACGACGGCGAGCCAGUUAAGGAUCCCAUUGCUGUUUGUAUCAUUUUCUGCCGUUUCUGCUAUGAUAUUCCUUGUCUACCUGUGCAGUUGGCUUUUGAGAAAAAGAAUUACGCUCCCUUAUUUCGGCAGAAGGCUGGCCUCUCGCUGGGGGCCCGAAAAAUGCGAGGAAUCCGAUUCAAGCAGCGCAGAAUACCCGAAGAUCCCCUUGCAGUAUCGACCUGGCUGCGAGCAGAUGAAACAGGGACCUCUGAGCCAAUUGAUGUGUCUGCUGGUUCGCCGCCCUCCACAUCAGCAGAAGCCGCUGACUUGGUGCAGACCGGGAGUAUUGCAUGGGGUGCGGUGAAUGGCCAGCUCUCAAUGCCUUCACAUGCAGCAGGAGAUCUUUGGGAAAACCGUGAAGAGGGAAGCAGCGAAAAGCAGCAGCCAACCACGGGGCCCUCAACCCCGCAAAAUAUACUACCUGGCUCAGCUGUUGAUGUUGCAGAUCCUCUUGUCUUCACUGAGGCUUCGUUUGCUGCAACGGAGGUACAAUCGGUAGUCGCUGCAGCCCCUCAAGUGGUGGUUGCUGCUGGAGCGCCUCAAGUGGUGACUGUUGCUGCAGCGCCUCAACUGGUGGUUGCUCCCAUAGCGCCUCAACUGGUUGCUGCUGCAGCGCCCCAACCGGCGGUUGCUGCAGGCCCUCAACCGGUGGCUGCUAUAACAGUUCAACUGGUUGCUGCUGCAGCGCCCCAACCGGUGGCUGCUGCAGGCCCUCAACUGGUGGCUGCUGCGGGCCCUCAACCGGUGGCUGCAGUAGCGGUUCAACUGGUAGCUGCUGCAGCUCCCCAACCGGUGGCUGUUACAGGCCCUCAACCUGUGGCUGCUGCAGCGCCUCAACUGGUGAAUGCUACUGUGGUGCCUCAAUCGGUGGCUCUUGCUGCGCCGCGGAAGCGUGAGGCUUAUCAGAAGAAGAAAAAAAGGCCAUCUAGACUCUCGGCAGGAACAUCAUCCGUUGCUCCUGCAAAAAAG